AUGAGGAAUUAUUUUGUACCAAGAGGAUAUAAGCUUAGUCACAUCUUCUUCGCCGAUGAUAGUCUAUUAUUUUGUCGUGCGAAUUUUUCAGAAUGGUGUCAAAUUUUCAGGCUACUCGAGAUGUAUGAAAAAGCUUCAGGCCAGAAGCUAAACAGUGCAAAAACAGCUAUUUUUUUCAACAAAAACAUGGGUAGAGCUUUCAAGGACCAUAUUCAAUCUGUGAUGGGAGUGGCAGCCACCAAAGGGUAUGAAAAAUACCUUGGUCUCCCUGCCCUUGUAGGCUGUUCAAAGCUGAAGGCUUUUGCAAACAUCCAGGAACGUGUACAGAAACUUUUAGAUGGAUGGAAGGAGCGGUUCUUAUCUCAGGCGGGUAAGGAGAUUUUAAUCAAGGCUGUUAUUUAG